GUUGCGAUAGAACAACAAAUAUGGCGUAGCAGGGCUUCAGUACUUUACAGUCGACGAGAUCAAGCGUCGACAGCCAGGCCAGCGCAACACUGCGUAGACAUUCCCACUGCGGUGCCAGCCCGCCGCAGCGACACUAGCCGACAAAAUGUCUUCACCGAAGGCGAAAACCCCGGGUCGCGCCGGCGGCAGUGGGGGGAGCCCGGUGCUCGGUGGCACCAACAACGGCCGCUACGAGUUCAUGUCGCUCACCAAGCCGCUGAGCCGGUCGUCGACGCCGCCUCAUCCCCUCCAGCGGCAGAGCUCCGACGGGGCCGCCGCGCGGCUCCGCGCCUCGGAGAGCCCCACUCGUCGCCGCGGCUCCGGCUCCUCCAACGGCUCCGGGCCGCCGGAGGAGGACGGCAUUCGGCUCAACCCUUCGCUCCUCCGCGUGGCCCUCAGCUCGCUGCUCGCCAUCGACUUGUGGCUGUCCAAGAGUCUCGGGGUGUGCGCCCGGGAGGACUCGUCGUUGGGGAGUGCGCGGCCCCUGAUGAAGCUCAUCGAGGUGACGGGCCACGGCAUCCCCUGGCUGGCUGGAACCGCCUACUGCCUCUACAAGAGUGACAGUGCUGCCGGGCAGGAGGUCAUGCUCAACCUCUUCAUCGGUCUUCUGCUGGAUCUGGUCCUGGUGGGCGUGGUGAAGGCGACGGUGCGGCGGCGGCGGCCAGCCCACAACCGCAUGGACAUGUUCGCCACCUUCUCGGUGGACCGCUACUCCUUUCCGUCGGGCCACGCCACCCGCGCCGCCAUGUGCGCCCGCUUUCUUCUGGCGCACCUGGUGCUGGCCGCCCCGCUGCGGGUCCUGGUGCUGCUGUGGGCGGCCACGGUGGGGCUGAGCCGCGUCAUGCUGGGCCGCCACAACGUCACAGAUGUGGCUUUUGGCUUCUGGAUGGGCUACUGCCAGUACAACCUGCUGGAGGCGCUGUGGCUCUCGCCUCAGAGCCUGCAGGCGCUGCUGGGACAUGUAGCAUAACAAUCAGACACUUAAUGUUAUCAUUGCCAAAAUUGUGGGAAUGCUGAAGAGCAGUCAUGCACUUUUUCGACACGCUACUCCUUCCACACUUCCCAACCGAUUCAAACCGUUCCGACUUCAAAAUAUUCGCAAAAUUCAGGACAUCUUUUCAUUUCCCACAAAUUCCCACAUUUUUCAGCAGUCCACAUUUUCAGUGGAAAUAAAUCUCAUUGAAAUGAAUGAGACAUUUUACAGAUUUAACUAACCCUUCCAUAUUUUUAGACCAAUUUAAACCAUUCCAACUUCAAAAUGUUUACAAAAUUCAGGACAUCUACAACCCCGCCGCCAAAAAAAAAAAAAAAAAUAAUCCAUUUCACCAAUCCACAUUUUCCAUGGCAAGAUUUCCCAAAUCCAUCCAUGCAGGCAGUUUUAACAUAUACAUAUUGAACUCACCGUAUUCAAAUUUCUUAACUGUCUCAAACCAUUCCAACUUCAAAAUAUACCCAAAAUUCAGGACAUCUUGGGAACCACGUUUCCAAAUUCAUCAAAUUCCUGCUUUUCCAUAGUUCCACAUUUUCCAUGAUAAUAAAUCUGAUUGAAAGGAACGGGACCGUUUACAAAUGUAACUAAUUCUUCCAUAUUACUCAACUUAUUCAAACCACUCCAACUGCAACAUAGUCACAAAAUUGAGGAUACCUACAAGCCAUUUUUACAUUGCCAAAAAUCCCCACAUUUCUCUCUCAUCCCCAUUUCCCAUGGCAACAUUACAAAAUCAUUUCCGACAUUUGACAUGCCUUAACUGAGUGAGUGACCAGUUCCAAAUCCAAAAUAUUCACAAAAUUCAGCACAUCUUGCAACCAUAUUCCUGCAAUUCCACAUUUUCCAUUGAAAAUAAAUCCCAUGCAAACAAAUUUUCCAAAUUUAACUCAUCCUUCAAUAGUUGUCAACUGAGUCAAACCAUUCCAAAAUCAAAAUAUUCGCAAAAAUUCAGGACAUCUUAGGAAGCACUUCACAUUUCUAUGAAAAUAAAUCCCUUUGGAAAUGGACAUAAUUUACACAUUUACCUCUUUCUUUCAUGUUUCUCAACUGAUUCAAAACACCCCGACUUAAAAAUACUCAUAAAAAUCAGGACAUCUUUGAUUCCAACCAUUCGAACUUCGAACUGAACUCUUCAGCUCAUUCGAUACAUUUUGAGUUUUUUUAUUUUUAUUUAUUAAGUCCCAAAUUAAUGGAUACCUUUUUUUUCUUUUUUCUUUUGAUACUCUUAAUCAUUUCCAGUCCUAUAUUCAAGAUGCAUUCCAUUUUACAUAAUUGCCCAGUAUUUCAGUUCAUCUUCAGCUCUCCAGCAUUCACACACAAUUUCUACAAAAAUGUCUUAAGUUAUUGUUUUUAUUCGAGCUGCACUAAUGUGGAUCAUGUGAAAUAUUCAUUGUCCCACAAGGGGGAGUUGUGGGUGCAGUCCAAUACUUUGUCUGGUCCAGUUUUAUAUGGUGCCUCUUAAAGGCAGUUUUAUCUUUUGCAAUCCAGAAGUCAACAAGGUUCUUGUUUUGCCACGUAGCAUGUACUUGUAAAUAUACUUGAAUACCAAGAGACUGUUCAGUCAAGAGGUGCAAGGAGCAUGAAGGGUUUUUUAUUGUUUUGUUUUGAUUUUAUCCUUGGCCUAGGCUGCGUCUGUCCUUUUGCGCGGGAUGUUGUUCAAAAUCAAUAGGGUUCUUGCUUUAACGUGGAUAAAUAUAAUCCCUGAAAGCACGAAUAGUGUGACCAGUUGACAAGUGAUGGAGGGUGUUUUUUUGUUUUGUUUUUUUUACACUUAGUUUGUGAUACAUCUGCCAUUUUGUGUUUGGUGUUGUUCACAAAAAUUCCAAAUCAACAGGGUUCCUGUUUUGACACACGGCACAUACUACUGUAAAUAAAUGCUUAUAAACUGUUGAAUUAAAAGGAGU